AUGCGCGUCAAAUAUAUUUUCGGUGGCCUCAGUCUGCUCGCCUCGCUCAUUACCCCCGGUUCAGCAGUGCCGACGACUCAGAUUGGCACCGUUCUCAAAGAUGGCUUUGAGAUUCCGAAGCCACAACCCCCCGCCAUCAGCUCCGACUCUAGCAUCACAAAACGUGUGAAUGCUUCUUUCGAGAUCAACCAAAAGUCACACUCCCUCUCCAAGCGAUAUGUCAUUAGUUGGCGGCGCAUGGUCAAUCUGGUCCUGAAAAGGGCUGUAGGAAAAUUUGUGACAGGAACUCAAUGGACUUUCACCAUGACAAUGCAAUGGGAUUUCAAGCUGAAAAAAUUGGUCUAUAAUGCUGCGAGUUUCUCGUUCGGUGAGGGCAGCGCAGAAAUAACAGGCGAUCCGGGUUUGGAUUAUAUUUCCGGCACAGAGGUUAAUGUACACGCGGUGGUCAAACUCACUCAGAAGGGGAUCGAUGAUCUUGCGCGGAUUACUCUGAAUUGGGUCGAUGAUGUAUACACCGAUGGCUUUCAUCAGUUCGACCACUAUGGGCCAGGAAAAAAACCAUUCUACCUUGAAUACUAUACUCAGCCAUUUCACAACUAUCAUGAGAUGGAACAUUCGUAUUACACCGGUAGUGUAAUCCCGUUAGAUACCUAA